AAAUACGAAUACUCCGGCUCGGGUUUGGUAUCGGUAACGUCGCUGUUGUAGCCACACUCAGUUGAUCGCAAACGCUUGAGCAAACUGCUUACAGAUACGUGCACGGAGAAAAGUUACUUACUUGAACUUGCUUCGUACGUAGAGAUUUUGAGAAAAUAAUAAAAACAAAACUUUACUACCUUGUAGUUGUGAUCCGCCGCCACUUAUAACUUUUUGUUCAAACUAGUUGUGCGUGCUUGGUGAAUAAAAAAAAAAAAUAAUUAAUAUACAAAUUUAAAAAAAGGUUUAGUAAUUGCCAUGAAUAUGUAUGUGUAAUUAUACAAUACAAAUCCAUAUUUACUAAAUAUAUGUUAGUUAAACGGAAAAAUGGAAAUUUUACAACGAGCUUUUAUUGAUAUUUAAUAAGUUUAAAACAGAGCUUUUAAUGAGCAGCGACUCGCUGAAGUCACGGAAAGUGUGUGAAGAAAAUAUUUAAAAAUAAAUGCAAAUAAAUAAAAACAAAAUUUCAAAAAUACGUAUGGAAAAUUAAAUCAAGUGUUAACUCGUUGAAAAGCAAGAGAAUAUAUGAAUAUAUGUAUGUGUGUGUAUGUGGCUAAUACACUAAUUGCUUGUGAGUGAGUGAAGUUCAGAAAACAGCGGAAAAUGAGAUUUCACAAAGAACGUUGUGCGACGUGAAAUAAAACCAGUCGCUUUGGGAUAAUAUAAAACAAUUUUUCUUUAUUUGCAAAGAUUUAAAUAGUGGAGAAGAAUAAAGUCGGCGCACAAAGCAUCGGUGCAAUAGCCAGUGUGUGCUAAUCAAGGAUUACAAAAUGUUGCCGGAUAUAUAAAAUAAUACUUGAGUGCAAUAACUCGCAGCUACGGGAAAUAUGUAAUAAAUAUAAUAAAAACGAAAGUGUAUGCCCGAGUAUUUCAACAAUAUCAAUUCAAUUAUUUCAUACGUUGCUACUCGAAAAAAAUGCAUUUAAAGAAUGAUAAUGAAAUGAACUCAAAUACGAAUGUAACUGCAGCGUUGAACACGAAACCGAUAACAGCGAACCGAAGUGAUUUUAGUUCCACAUCAGCCAGAAACUCGAUAACAAUAACAUCGUCAAAUUCGUCGGCUGACAGUUGCGCCUCAUCAACCGACUCUGGUGUAAUUAUCAUCGACAAUAAAAGAACAUGCAACAACAGUGUAGACAUCAAUGGUACAAGUGGCAAUACCGCGAAAGAUAACAACAUCAAUAACGGCAAUGACAGUGACGAUAUGCGAAGGCGCAGUGAAGAAAAUUUGAAAUCAAACAAAAAUAUUACAAUAAACAAUCAAAUUGAUAACAAUAGCAUAAAUAUUGAAAAUGUAAUCAAUUUGCGACGGCACCGGAACUCCUCAAGUAGCAGAAGCAGCAGAAAGUCUUUCAAUAAUUGUUCGCCGGCAGUGUCGAUACGCAGCAAUACCAUAUCGAUUAUAUCGAUCGAUGAAAAUGACAUCGAUUCGAGUGUUGUCGACUCAGACUCGGACUUUGAGGGUCAAAAUAGUAGCUAUGUCGUUAAGAAGCUUGGACAACAAACAACCUACGAGCCAAAUCAUCCCAAUUUGCCGAAUAUCAAUAAGGGUAUGCAAGUGCUAAGUCAGACGAUAAGUCCAGGUGCAAUGCCCCCAACGGCCGGUCCGCUUUCUGAAACGAUACUCAAUGGUGGUACACUCUCUCCACCUCUACUCGGACCCCCUCCUAUGGCGCCGAACACAGCGCAAAUCGGUAGCAUUGCACUCUCAAACUCAACAGAUGUUACCUUCGGCGAUAAGCAUUUCUACGAGGGGCCAGUGACGAUACAACAGUUUCUCAUUGAUAGUCGCGAUAAAUGGAAAAAUGGUGAAGAGGGUGGAAAUGAUAAUCCAAACUUCAUAAAUGCUUCUGAUGCGGAAGACGCCACUAAAGCUAACAGCCCGAACGCACAACCCGAGACACAAUAUGAAUUCAUAUUUAAACGACGUGCAGUCAUCAUCACUGGUGCAAUAAUUCUACUAACAAUAUUAAUCGGGAUAAUCAUAGUCACAGUGAAUAACCUCACAAAAGAAAGGAUUCGAAAAAGUAAGGUCCUCGGCGAUGGCGACGAUUCCAGAAAGCAUAUUCCAAUCAAUUCAACAAUAGCGGAUGAUAAUGUGGGUGGCGGUAAGAUAUUGCGAAUAGUCCCACGCGAUGCCUGGUUGGCACAACCUCCAUCAGCUGAUCCUAUACCUCUGGCAACGCCUGUCAGUAAGGUCAUUGUACUUUCCACACUCACUGACGACUGUGAAACACAAGCUAUGUGCGUCUAUCGUGUACGCAUGACGCAAACGCUAAACAUCGAAUCUCAAAAUCAUGAUGAUAUUAUUUACAACUUUCUAAUUGGCGGCGAUGGUAAUGUAUAUGAGGGGCGUGGUUGGGAUGUAACCGGUGCACAUCUGCGCGGCUUCAAUUCGGACAGUAUUAGUUUUGCCUAUAUUGGUACUUUCAAAAAACAAAAGCCAUCGGAAAAGCAAAUGGAUGUCACAAAAUUGCUCCUGAACGAAGGUGUACGCUUGGGCAAACUCUCGCCAGAUUAUAAGAUAUAUGGCGCAUAUAUGUUGGACCCGACUUCGACAGAUGCGAAAGCAGACGAGUUGUACAACAGCUUCAAGGGUUGGCCACAUUGGUCUGAUAAUAAAUUUGUAGAAAAAGCUCGAUAAAAUUUUGCAUUAGUUUGGAAAACAUAAAAUAUGUAUCCAAUUUUUGUAAGUAAAUAAAUAUUUUUGUUUUUAAGUUAGAACCAGGAAAUGACAUAUUUACUUGGUUAGAUAUCACUCUGAAGUGGAAUUAGUUUUAUACUCGUAGUCUGUUCAAAUGGUUGCUAUAGAGUUGUCUAAAAAGGGCAAUAUAAGAACUGUAGUAACAAAACUAUAUUAGCGGAUUUGUUGAAUUCUAUCUAUUUCGAAUAUAUUUUAAUAGCAUAACUAUGUAAAAAGGCUUGUUGUUCCUUUUCCAAUUGCAAUAAUUCACUCAUCAAUUGUGAACCCGUUUGAAUAAUGUCAUACACGAGCAUACUCAGCGCAAUGAAAUAAGAGGAAAGUAACCAAGAUCAAGCAAAAAUUAUUCUGUCAAAAAAAUAUCGGGAAUUGUUCAUUUAAAAAGCGCACGUUACACAUAUGUAUGUAUGUAAGUGGCUACUGUGACUUGACUUCACAAGAAGGGUAAAAUGAGAGUUAGAGUCAGUCGAAGAGUAACGCGCACUAAGCUAAGACGUGCUUAAGUUUUGUUUUAUCAUUUUUUUCAAAUAUUCAUCAAUUAGAGUACAAUAAUAAACGAGUUAAGUGGUUCUAGAUAUUUCAAACUGUUUUUUAUUGUACGGCGGCCGCAGGUGUGCUCUCCGAUUUUCACUAUGGAUGAAAAUAUCGUUCGAAGAAUUUGUCUUAAAUUUUGUGCUUUGAACGGGAUUUCGCGUGCCGAAUCCUUGAAAAUGUUGCCGAAAGCCUAUGGCGAUUGUGUUUUGUCAAAAACACGGGUCUACGAGUGCUAUAAGGCUUUUGCAGAAAGCCGAGAAUUCGUGGAAGAUUUACCCCGACCUGGUUGCCCAUCAAUGUCUUCCACAAAGUCAAGGAAAUGGUGCUGGAAAACCAUUAAUAAAGUUUAGGGAGGUAGCUCGAGGGCUUAGCGUGCCUCACAAAUCGACAACAACACCAAUUGGGCAUGAGGCGCGUGGCUGAUCGACUCUUCCCAAGAGGGUUGCAUUUCUUUCAAAAACUUCUUCGGAAGAAGGUGGCUGAAGACAUGGACAAAGACAUAACAGGUAAUGAAACGUGAGUAUAUGAGUUUGACAUGCAAACAAGUCAACAGUCGGCUGAAUGGCAGUAACCAACCACAUGAGCCGAAACCCAAAAAACCAUGUCAAAGUCGGUCAAAAAUGAGAGUCAUGCUACUCGUUUUCUUUGAUUAUCAUGGUGUUGUGCACUCAGAAUUCCUUCCAAAUGGUUAUACGGUAAACAAAGAAUAUUAUUCGGAAGUUAUGCGACGUUUGAGAGAGAAUGUACGUAGGUAAUGGCCGAAUUUUUGGAAAGUAAACUGAUGGAUAUUGCACCGUGAUAACACACCGCCUCACAAGGCUUAAAUUGUGAACUUUUUUUGACCAAAAACUCGACAAAUAUCAUCGAACAACCACAAUUUUCACCGGAUUUAUCCUCUUGUGACUUUUUCCUUUUCCUAAAACUUAAAGUGCCACUCGGCGGACACCGCUUUGAGUCGAUAGAGGCCAUUGAGGAAAAUUCGCUGAAGGAGAUGAAGAAGAUCUCUUCAAGCGCGCUUAAAAGGUGCUUUGAUGUCUAGACUAAUCGUUGGCAUACGUGUAUUGCCAAUUCUUUUGCGUUGUUUUGAACAAUUCCUGGUACUUUUUUGACAGAAUGUAUAUGUAAAGGGAAAAAAUGUUCCCAUAAAAGUAGUUGUUCACAUGAUAAUAAAAUUACUCUUUUUUACAUCAACGAUACUAAGCAAAAUUCAACAAGUAAGAAAUUACUUAGGGGAAUCAAUUCGAAUUAUAAUCCAUAUUAAUUACAUUUUACAAAAAUGUUUCAAGGACAUCAAGAGCGCAGGUGUCAAACUUGAGGAACCUACAGUAAUCGCUCAACCUUCUUUCGUACUAGAAAAAUUAGUGGGGUUACUCCAUUGCCUUCAUUUGUUGGAGGAAUCAUUCGCCAUGCUAAUCACUUUUAUCUGCGAGGUUUUCUUUGAAGAAAUACAAAUUCGAAGAUGAAAAGAUAAAAGAUCUAAUUAUCUUCAAUUUAAUAUAGGUACAUAUAUUUUGAUCAGUUAGCGAAUUCUCCAGAUAUUAGAAAAUUUGCAUUAUGCACUUUUUUUCUGUAAUUAUAGCCCUUUCUUUAAUGAUAUGUUAAAAAUUAUAUGACGUUAAAUAUAGGUAUUAUAUGAAUUUUUGGUCUCGGCGGCCGAUUUCUUAUUAGAAUGGGAUGUUCCGGUCCUUGCACUUUUUUGGGUGUAAACUAGUGUUAUCUCUUCAAUUAUUUCCAUGUUUACAUUUACCUAAACUAAGUUUUUACAUUUUGUUUACAAUUCUCUCCUAAAUUCCACUUCGAUCUGCGUAAUCUUCCCUUCUAUCAUUCUUGGUCAAAAACUACCGAUUAUCCAACUAUCCAAUUAUUUUCUUGCGUGAAAAGGAGUCCUUGGGUGGUCUAGAAAUUUCUAAAAAUCGAUUUUUUGUUUUUUCGAUAUUUCGAAAGUAAAUUUCAUGUGGAAAUCGCCAAUAUUAUAGCUUCUACAGCUCAUUAACUAGGUAGAGAGCGGUCCGCGCGCUCCUGCGUCUCAAACUUUGAACUCAUUUAGCUCGAAACGACUUUUUUCGGUCUGGUGUCGUCAAAAAAUCUAAUCAGCUGAAAUUUAAAUAUGUUGUUCACAACAUCAAGGGCUAUCGUCCGUACUAGAAUCAUAUCAUUAUUUCAUAUUUUUGAUAAAAAACCCCGAUUUUUAGAGUGUCAAAUUCAAAACCGCGCCAUUUUGUAAUUUGUUUUUACCCGUACGGGACAUAGCUCCAGUCAUACCGAUUAAUAUUUUUUUUUUGGUUUUUGUGUUUCAGAUAAAUAGAAGAGCCAAAAUUGACAUCAACGUGCAUGUCCAAUUUUUCAGGAGGGUCAAUUUCCGUGCCAUUUUUUAAAUUAUUAAAAUUAAUUUUUUUUAUGUAAGACAAUUUAAAUAAAAAGGUAAAAAAAUUUAAAUAUCGAUUUUCAUUUUUUUUUAUUGUAGAAACAAAAAUCCUGAAAAUACCUUAAAUUUUCGAGCUCAAGACCACCCGGACCCCUUAAAGCUUUCAUCAUAAGCUAAAAGUCAAAAAUCUGCUUUAUAAUCGAAAAAUACCGUAUUGUAAUGAAGCUACUUUUUUUUGGAUUAUAAUUAAAACUUAGGUUUAAACAUUUUUCAAAGCGUUGAUUCCAAAGUUUUUUACAUAUUUUAUUUUUGUAUUUCAACAUUGAAUACUAAAACCGUUUGAAAACCUUUAAAAUCAGGUGAUAUCAGCUAUGGCCAAUUUUGAUUAUCAGCUGAUUGUUGCCAUACUUGUAAUGGCUGUAUAUUUCACAUUAGAAUAGGAAAGACGAAUCUAUAAAACUCGUUUUACCUUACACAUUUUCUGUACCGUUAAAAUAUGUGCUUACGAGGAUAUGCUUGUAUGUACGGUAGCGCAACUGUUUGAACAGGUCUUUAGUUAUUUAAAUAGCUACUAAUUUUCUAACGACUACAACUGUAAAUAACUAACUUUAUUGCUUAUUAAGGCGCAUGCCUUUCCAAAAAUAUAUAUGAAAACUAUUUUUUCUUUUUUUAUAAAACCUGAGUUAAGAACUGAAAUUUAUUACUAAAAAUGUAAACUUUUUAUCUAGUCAAAAAAUUUAAAAUCUAGGAAAUGAAAGAAUAUUAUACAAAAUCAAUAUUUACUGUUUCAAAAAGUGUUGGUAAAUUAAAAUUGUUUUCGCAUUGCGGGAUGUUAUUGUAUGUGCAUUUAAUUUAAGGUGAAAACUAAAAAUAUUGACAUAUUUGUUGUCAUAUAACUUUUAAAUAAUAAUAAGCUUCUUUUUUAAGUUUACAGCUACAUGUUGUUUACUGCUGCAAAAUAAUAACAAAUCUAAACGCAAUUAUUUUACAUAAUUUUUAUUUAAACUACUAAUGAGACAUUUUUUUUUAAUUUGCUAAAUGUUUUCCAUUUGUAUAAAUAUUUUCCAAUUAUAAAACAAACUUAUUGGCAUGCAUUUAUUGCUAU